ACCAGAAGGGGGUCUCGCCCAGCGAUCGAUCGGCAAAUAUGAUUGACUUUGUCUUUGCCGUGGACAAUCCGACCGACUGGCACGCUGCCAACUUACGCGCAAAUCCGACAGACUACUCCUUCUUGCGCGUGUUGGGCGCAAGUGGCGUCACUGCUGUGCAGUCCAAGUCUGGAGCUGGAAUUUACUACAACACGCUCGUCCCUUCCAAUGGGCGACUGAUCAAAUACGGCGUCAUCUCGAGUCAGGCGUUGUACCGAGACUUGGUGGACUGGAACUCGCUCUACGUUGCUGGCCGCUUGCACAAGCCGUCCAAGCAUCUUCUCGGUCCUUUGAACCAGACGCUUGCGACACACGAGCGAUUGGCGCGGGAUUCAGCCUUGUCUGUGCCUCAGAGCGUCGACAGUUGCGGUUUGGUGCCGUCGUCGGUCGAAAUGCUGCACGCCCAGCACUGGAAUCUGCUUUCGGCCACUCGUGCCGCGCUAUUGACGCUCCCAGAAACCUUCUCCUUCCGAGACUUGUGCCUCGCAGUGUCUGGCUUGUCGUACACUGGCGAUUUCCGCAUGACGUUCGGAGAGAAUCCGAACAAGGUUGGCAACAUUGUCGACGCGAAUCUGGAGCACUUUGUCGAGCUGUACGCGACACCGCUGCUGGUCGAUCUGCGCGAUGGCGUGACUCUAUUAAGCACACGACGAGAAUCUGGCCUUCCAAGGUGGCAGCCCACCACGCAGUUCCAGCAAGACACGUCCCCCACAGCACGCCAACGUUUGCUUCAGAAUGUUCCACGAGGACUCUCGGAGGCUCUGGCGCAUGUCAAGCAGAACGCACCUAGAUCCUUGACGCGAGCUGCGCCAGAAGCGUCUGGCGGUUUGUCCAUUCCCAAUAGAUCGCAGAUUCUCGCUGGCGUCGCUCAGAUCGUUGCCGGCACUGCCAUUUCCCAAAGCCUCAAGGGCAUUCUCACGGGUGGGGUUCUCAAGGCGUCUCGCUAUGCCCUCCAGAAGGUCGGCAAAAUGCGCAGCGCAUCCAAAUGAAAACCCCAAAAUGUCUUCCAACACUUUUCUGAGACAAUCCUUUGUUUGUUCUUUGUCUGAUCCAUGAUUCGAUUACUGUAUUAUUAUUUUUUUUUUCC